AUGGAUCUGUCCAAUCUCAAGGAGCAAGUCAGCAACCUGACCUUGUAUGACCUCAAGGCGGGAGUCCGCAAGGUCCAGAAUGCUGUCAUGAAUUAUACUGAGAUGGAGGCUAAGAACUAUACAUACAUGCAUGCGGAAUGGCUUUCGACUGCAGUCGCUUAUGAUCACCAACUACUCAAUGAAAUCAUGCCGAUGAUCUACAGACGCUUUACAGACAAGACUGCAGAGGAGUGGCGACAGAUUUAUAAGGGGCUUCAACUUUUGGAAUUCUUAGUCAAAAACGGAUCGGAACGAGUUGUUGACGAUGCGCGGUCUCAUAUGUCCCUUCUCCGAAUGCUCCGCCAGUUCCACUACAUCGAUCAGAACGGGAAGGAUCAGGGUAUCAAUGUGCGCAACCGAUCGUCGGAGUUGGUGAAGCUUCUCGGCGAUGUAGAUCAGAUUCGUGCAGAAAGAAAGAAGGCCAGAACUAAUCGCAAUAAGUUCGGUGGCUUUGAGGGUGGGUCGCAUGUGGGAGGAGGAAUGUCAAACUCAAGGUACGGGGGCUUUGGAAGUGACAGCAUGUCCUUUGGCGGGUACAGCGGAGGUGUCUACGGUGAUGGAGGUGGGUUCGGUGGCAACACAAGCGACUUCCAGGAUACCGGGCGCCGAGGCAACCGAUUUGAAGAAUACGAUGAGUAUGAUGAAGCAGAUGCCAGUCCGUCGGUACGACGUGCAGCAAGCCCGCCUCGUGCUCGAGCGACAAAGCAGCCGGAGCCGCCAAAACCCAAAGCACCCGAACCGGAUCUUUUUGACUUUGGAGAAGAAGAGGUGGUCACAACCGUCUCUACCAGCGCCGGCAAGAAGCCAGCGGGCAAUAACGGUUUAGAUGUGCUCGAUUCCAAACCCAUCGAUGACGAUGACUUCGAUGACUUCCAGUCUGCAACUCCCGCACCCGCACCAGCGGCAUCGAACCAAUUCUCUAUUCCCCCACCCGCGAACACUGUGAGCACCACCUCAAGCACCCAGUUCGCUGCGCCGAAGCCGGUGUCCGCUACGCAAGGAACCAAUUUGAACGGUCUCGUUGGAUUUACAUCGAUGACUCCGACUCCUACGUCGAGUACAGUGGCAUCCCCAACACUGUCACAGAGCUCUAUGGUGCAGCCACAGCAGCAGAAGCCGGCGCAGCCGAAGCCAACAGGAUUCCAGGCCGCAACUCCGAAUUACUUCACCUCUGUUUCCGUCAUGCAGCCUCAGGCGGGAGUGUCUAACCACCGGCCAGGCAUGGCAUCCACCUCAUCUUUUACAUCUGCCACGUCGAGUUCGCCUGCAGCAGCUAAACCUGCCGCAUCGAAGUCCUCGAACGGCGACGUCUUCGGAUCUCUGUGGUCGAGCGCCAGUGCCAGCGCAGGACUGCAGAAGUCGAAUGCAAAUGCAAACAAAGGCCCUAACCUGGCAAGCAUGGCCAAAGAGAAGGCGAGUGCGGGCAUCUGGGGGGCACCUGCAACGCCCAGCCUUGCAUCCCCGUCAUCUUCUCAAGCCUCCCAGCAAGGUGCCAAGACCAACAGCUCCGGAUUGGAUGACUUGCUGGGUUAA